UGUGAGAGAGAUUGUGUGUCCUGGUUAGUUUCAGAGAGAGAAAGUGCAGAGAGGGUCCACAGAGUGGUUUUCAUGUAGGACUCAGGCAGAGAAAGAGGUGCGAGUUUACUGGUUGGUGCCACUUGGAGGAUCUGAUCAGCCUAAUCAGCUUGAACUUUGUGUUUGGCUCAUCUUGUUGAGGGAAGCUGUGAUUUAUUGACUUGGAUCUUCUCCUGGGAACACAUUGCUUCUUCAUUGACAAGAAGCACACACACAGACUCCUCCUGCUGCUCAGGCUGGAGAAGCACCAUACAUGGAGAUAAUUGAUGUUGGGUACAAGAGUUUAAUAUCUGUCACAGAAGGACUGUAAUGGAUCACAUGCAGACUCAGGAAAGUGCGGAAGUGGCAGGCCAUCUGAAUGGCUCCCAGAAUAUUUUCUCCAGGGUUUCUGGAGUUUCAAGCCAGCACAUACUAACUUCUCCAGAACUUACCCAUGAGGUGGUCAUCUCCCCUGGUCUCCCUACUCCUCCUCUGAGCCCUUUUCGCUCAGCGAGGCUGCCAUCUGGAGAGGUCAAGGGGCCAGAGCUGAAUGGAGGAGGCUCACCAACUCUGAGCUUUGGAUCGUAUUAUGGACCCUCACAGUCACAAGGUGGACUGUCCAAUGGUGUCCAAGUCUCUUCUACUCUACCGCGCAGCUGGGCUCCUAGCAGGGAUGGAAGGCUUAUCAAGUUCUCAGGAAUAGGUCCAGUGGAUGAGACUGGGAUGCCCAUUGCGUCCAGAUCUAGCGUGAAUAAGCCUAGAGACUGGUACAAGAGCAUGUUCAGACAGAUUCACAAGAGGCCAGAGGAGUCUGAGCUGGAGGAUUCUGAGCGGUGGUCGGCAGAAGGGCUCCAGUUGUCUGCAAAAACAGAAGAACGCAAUGAAGCAGACAAAAACCUCUUCAGACUAACACCCUAUGGAGCCCUACCAGACUGGAGCGAGGAUGUUGAUAAGCUGUCAGACCCGGGAAAGCAGCACCCUCAACCAAGAAGUAUAUUCGACUUUGAGCCAGGAAAGAGCACUACCUCAGAGAGCAGCAACAAGGCUCUGCUGUCCCCCCAAAAACAACCUGAUAAACCAAAGUCCCCUUCCAUUGAGGCCAGUUUGGUAUCUGAACUGAGUCGAUUUGAGGCUGAGCUGGACUCGGAGAUUCAGGGUCUGGAGAGGAGACUUUCCCAGAAGAAGCAGCGUCGACGCUGGGGUGAGGAGGCCAGAGGCAGGGAUCCAGCAGCUGCUCCAAAGACUGGCACUACCAACCACAGCAGUUCAUCAGCAUCAAAGCAGCCUGUCCAGGCCGCUGGUGCAACAUCAUCGACAUCUGCUCCUGCAUAUGUAGAGCGUCUUUGCCCUGCAAAUGAAACAAUGGAGCUCCCAUCAAAAAAAGAAGAGAAAAAGAUGAAAGCAGCGAGAGCCAAGUUUAAUUUCCAGGCUCAGUCACCCAAAGAGCUCACACUGCAGAAAGGGGAUAUAGUUUACAUCCACAGGCAGGUAGAUGCCAACUGGUUUGAAGGAGAGCAUCAUGGAAGAGCUGGUAUUUUUCCCACAUCUUAUGUGGAGAUUCUGCCUCCCACAGAGAAGCCGACACCUAUUAGGUCUCCUAGUCUUCAGGUGUUGGACUACGGGGAAGCUGUAGCUUUGUACAACUUCAAUGGCGACCUACCAGUUGAACUUUCUUUUCGUAAAGGUGAGGUGAUCAGCAUAACCAGGCGUGUUGAUGAUAAAUGGUUGGAGGGCAGGAUCUCUGGAACAAGUCGAAGUGGCAUCUUCCCAGCCAAUUAUGUCCAGGUCAACAAGAUGCCCCGAACCAAAUACUCUAUGGAUGAGUACUCACCGGGCCCCAUGUCUCCCAUCUCACCUGGACCACAGAGUCCAGGACGCCCAGUCCACUCACCCUGCUCACGGUCACCAUUGCACCCUUUCAGUCCCACUUCCAUGAGUCCCAAACCUGAGCACUCCCCUGUGAAACCGUCUUCACCUGUUCUGUAUGGCAGUCCAGCUUCACAGUCACAAUCCCCCAACCAGACACCUUUACCCAGUCGUCUGCCCCACAGUACUUCCACAACUGCUUCACCCUCCAGCCAGAACAGCCAUUGGGUUGCAGCACACUUGGCCAACCAGAGCUCCUCAGUUAGAGUCGUUUCUCCUUCCACUCAGUCAUCAGCAUCUGUGCACAGAGCAGGAGCUCCCUCAGCGAACACUCCCAGAUACACUGAUCCCCCACAGGGUGCAAUACCAAACCCAGAUGCUCGUUCUCAUGCACAUGUCAACUCACAAGUGCCAAACAACUCUGGUUCCACAGUGGUGCCACGCCAACCAUACAAAGCUGUUUACAACUACAAACCACAGAAUUCAGAUGAGUUAGAGCUCAGAGAAGGAGACAUUGUGCAAGUGAUGGAGAAAUGUGAUGAUGGCUGGUUUGUAGGUACGUCAGAAAGGACUCGUGCUUUUGGAACUUUUCCUGGGAAUUAUGUGACACCAGUUUGACUUCCUCACUCACUGUUUGUCCACAUGUGAAAACACUCAUAAGACCAGCAAUGAUCAAAAUCUUUGUUCCAUUACCUGACACACUUCAACACCUGGUUUAGUGAGAGCUGCAUGCUCACUCAGUUUCCCAGAAGAGAAGAGGUGUACAUCAUGUAGUUUCUUCUCUCACCAACCUGCAUGUGUGUGCACAUACACAAUAUCUGUGUUUGUGUGAGUUUCACAAAGACUUGAAGAGUGUUUUCACACACCACUUGUAAGGAAAGAAUGUAAGCUGAUGUGACUGUUUCAGUUGCAAAUAAUGGACUGUUUUUUUUUUUUUUUUUUUUUUUUGCUCCACAACUAUUUGCAGCUGCAGGAAAUUUGCAUUCCUUCCCGCUGAACAGUAACAUUCGCUCUGAGGUCCUGAUACAUUGCAAUGCUGCGUUCAGCUUUUUGUCUUCACCAUGCCAUCACAAACCAUUGCUGGGAGUUAUGAAUGAGGAAUUGUGUACUUUCUGUUGGAUUAUUAAUGAUUCCUUUAAAUAUUUUCUCCAGAUUUUCUUUCAGAUCUCUGAAAAACCUGCAGUACUUGAGGAAACAGCAUCAACAUCUGUACAUAGUGCUCAAAAUAAAACACAAUAAGGGCUCAGAUACUGUAUAUCAAGAUCUGUUCCACAAGAGUUUAGGAGUAUAAAAAUAACUAAUCUAUGUGGUUGUUUCUUCAGUAAGAUUUCUAAUAAAGAAUGUUAAGGUGUUUAGGGGCCUCAGAAACAAUGUAAUGAUCUGCCAAAGGUGAAAGUAAAGACAUAGAUCACAUUCUGGGUGCUGUAAUAAAAGUUUAUAUCCUUUGAAAUUAAACUUCAAACCUCUGUUAAGUUAAACAACAUAACUUGUGUUGUAUAAGAACUGAAUCUGCACAUCUCUGGAGCUGAUGGUUGAAUAAUUAUUCUUAUGUGAUGUGACUGAAUUAUUGCAGUUUGUGCCAAAACUUAUCUAUAAUGACAUGUCACAGAUCAUCUGUCCAUAGAACACUCCCAGGUCACUUUAUUCCUGCUCUGUUUGCUGCUGCUACUUCCUAUAAUGUCUUCUCUGUUAACAGUCUCACCUUUAACAACAGUAUUCAGAAAACCCUCUGUAUUUGUGCCAGCCAGGCAAUUUUUCAGACAAGUUUCUAAGACUAAGUAGAGACCUUUAUCAUUAAGUUCUUUUGCAAGUUUAUGUAACAAUUUCCUGAUUUCACUGUAAAAAAAAAUAUCUAAUUUAGACACAUGAGAUGAUUGUACAGAUUAUAACAGUUUAUAAAACUGAAAGUAUAAUAUAUAUUUGCUUUAAAAAACAAUGUAUUACAUUUGUAUGGUACGCAAUUUAUUUAGAAAAUCUAUUAAACAGAACAGUGUGAUA